AUGACGUCGAUGCUUCAGGGGACCUUCCAAGUGGGUGGAGUGGCUCUGACCCUGGUGCUGCUGCUCCCCUCCGUGCCAGCGGGCGCCAGCGCCCUGCUCCGCCUGCAACCCAGCAUGCCCCACGUGUGUGCCGAGCGGGAGCUGACCCUGGUGGGCCACCGCCAGCCCUGCGUGCGGGCCUUCAGCAGGACAGUGCCUGUGUGGAAGCCGGGCUGUGGGCUGCAGGCCUGGUGCGUCGGCCUGGAACGAAGAACCGUCUACUACACCGGCUACAGGCACGUGUACAGCAUGGAGGCCCAGACCGUGUUCAGGUGCUGCCCCGGGUGGAGCCAGCAGCCUGGAGACCGGGGCUGCCUCUCCCCCACAUGCAGCGCCAGCCUCUGCUUUAACGGUGGCCGCUGUGUGCCCGACUCAGCCCAGCCGUGCCACUGUCCUCGAGGCUUCCAGGGUCCCCGCUGUCAGCACGGUGAGUGGAGCCCCUUCCAGGCACGAGGCCCCAGCCGUGGGCACAGGCUCUGCCCUGCAGGGAAGUCUCCCCCAGGCGGUGCCCCCCAGGGCCCUCUCUCUGCUCCCUGCAGCCCACCUGCGGUUGUUGGAAGGAGGGGCACCCUGCCACCCCCUUUCUCAGCGGAUGCCUCUGCACCUGCGAUCCUAGUCCUUAGUGCCCACUGCAAGUGGGGACCGCGGGCGUGGAGGCGGGCGCGUCCCGGGGCUCCCCAAGCUGCACCCCCACCUUGUCAGAGCCUCUCGUGUCCUUCAUGUUGAAGGUUGGGGGACAUCCGGGGUCCUGCCCAAGGUGACUGGUGGGGUGAACCUCACACAUGCAAACUGAAGCCUGACCCACUGACAGUCACACUUCAGACACUGUCGUGUGGGGACGCUGCCUGUGGGGACAGCCUUAAAGCAGGUGCUGGGGUUGGGGGAGGGGGUGAUAGAAACUUUAUAAAGGAAAGUGCAGACGAAUGCAUGAGAAGUUGUCCAAAGAACCCCUGCAAACGUUCCUCCUGGCUGCUUGGACUUGGGGGGGAACGCGAGCGCCCCCUGCGGCUUUCUGCUUUGUCCGCAGUUUCCUCCCUGAAGCGUGGCUCCCGGGGUCCUGUUGGAACCGGGCGCAGAGCCAGGGCUGCCGUUCAGAUGAAACUCUCUGGACGGCUUCCAGGGCUUUGAACUUGCUUCUGGCGGGCAGCUGGGGGCCUCUUCCAGGUGGACACCGGGCUGUACAUCCUGCCAUGCGCUUUAAGGCUCUGGAUACCCAGCAGGCAACCGGAGGGAAGCCGGGAAACUGCGGAGAAUGGAGGCCCCCUGCUUGUAGAGGAGACCCCUGCCCUCUCACCUUUUUCUGUGCCCGCCGAGAAGCUGGCUGAGGGGGGUGCUGGUCCCGGAGUUCUGAGCUGGGUGCCGAGACUCAGGGGCGCUGACGACUGUCUCAGAUGGUCGGGCGGCUCCGACGGCUCGUAGGAUGCCCGCUGUGGGCCGGAAGGCCCUGCGCCUCCCGGGCUCUGGGCAGCUGCCCGGGCCGUGGAGCGAGGGCCGCGCCUCGCCCCCAGG